AUGGAGGCCGUGCAUGAGGGCAAUGGAGGAGGGAGCGGCCUGGUGGUGACGGAGCUGAGCCACAUCAAGGAGCUGGUGAAGCAGCUGGACGUGCACCUGGGGGGCUCGCCCGACCUCUGCAAGCUGCUCGCCCAGCAGAUCUUCGCCGUCACCGAGCGGUCCAUCGGCAUGAUCAGGUCCGGCCACUUCAACGGCCCCAAGCGCUCGGCCGCCGGCGCCGGCCUCGACUCGCCGCCGCUCUCCGCCACGCCCAGCCCCCUCAGCGGCGUCUCCAACACGCCCUUCAAGCCCAACAAGAAGAGGAAGACUUCGGAGAAAGGGGGGCGUCAGAUCAGGGUGAGCUCGGCCGGAGAAGGGGCGGACGCCCCGGUCGACGACGGCCGCAGCUGGAGGAAGUACGGCCAGAAGGAGAUCCUCGGAGCCCAGCACCCGAGGGCAUACUACCGUUGCACGUACCAGAAGACCCAGGGAUGCGCGGCGACGAAGCAGGUGCAGCGCGCCGACGACGACCCGGCGCUCUUCGACGUGAUCUACCACGGCGAGCACACCUGCGUUCACAAGACGGCGGCGGCGGCGGCGGGCAUGGUGCAGCCGGCCGGCAAGAACCCGGACGCGGAAAGCCUUCUGCAGAGCCUGAGCUCGAACCUGACGGUGAAGACGGAGGGGCUCACGGCGGCGGGAGCGCAGGGCUGGAGCGCCACCACGCCCUUCAGCUUCUCCUCGCCGGCCGUGAGCGGCAUGACGCCGCCGGAGCAGCAGCACCACCCGUUCUCCACGCCGUCGACGCCGGAGAACUGCUUCGUGUCGAUGCCCACGUCGCUCGAACCCUCGCCGGCGACCUCGGGCUCGAACCACAUGUGCAUGACCCCGUUCCAUGCGCAGUCCGAGCUCCAAACAAUGGUGUCUGCGCUCGUGGAGGCGACGAGCAUGCCGCCGGCCGACACGGAGGAGGCCGCCUUCUCCUACUGGGGCUUCGACGACUCUGCCUUGGACGUUAACAUCCUCGACGAGGACGUUGACAACUUCGAUAUUUCUGCCUUCUUCGCAUGA